AUGGAUAUGUAUUCCAAUGUGGAACAGGAUAUUCAGCGGAAAAUCGCUGUUGAACAAAACAUCAUUCAGGGUGCUACCAACUUGAAGAAAAAGACAGAUAAUGUGAUGGUAAUUCAAAGAUGUAACACCAACAUUAGAGAAGCCAGGCAGAAUAUUGAGUAUUUAGAAGAUACACUAAGAAAAUUGCAUAUUGGUGAAAACGGGCAAGUUGAAGGGACUGAUGAUUCGAAAAAGAAAAAUGGAAAACAGGAGUAUGGUGUGCUAUCGACCAUUUCCCCUAAUGAACAUAUAUUUUCUCGUCUUGAUCUAACAAAGUAUGACUGUCCCUCUUUAUCUCAAAGGAUUCAGUAUAUGCUGCAGCAAUUGGAAUUCAAACUACAAGUGGAGAAGCAAUAUAGAGAAGCAAAUACUAAGUUGACGAAAUUGUAUAGGAUUGAUGGUGACCAACGUAGCAGCUCAGCUGCCGAAGGGGGGGUUUUUGAAUCUAAGCACCGUAUUCAAUUACUCACCAAGGCAUUGAAAAAAUAUCAAGCUAUCAACGUUGAUUUGGAUCAAUUUAAACACCACGACAAUGAUGCAUUGAACAAUAAUCAAUCCAAAUUCAGAAGAAAACAGUUGACAGGUACACUAACUAUCGGUGUUACUGCUGUUAGAGAUGUAGACCAUAUUCAAUCCCCAAUGUUUGCUAGAUCUCCAGAGAGUUAUAUUACUUUCAAGAUCGAUGAUACCAUAAAGGCUAGAACCAGACCAUCAAGGAAUGAUAGAUGGCAUGAAGAAUUCAAUAUUCAAAUAGACAAAGGGAAUGAAAUUGAAAUUACCGUCUAUGACAAGGUUAAUGAUACGAUGACACCAGUGGCCAUAAUGUGGCUUCUUUUGUCUGAUAUUGCUGAAGAAAUUCGUAAAAAGAAAGUAGGUCAAACGACAGGACAACAAGGUUGGAUUAAUGCCUCAGAAAGAAAUUUUAGUUCCACCUCGAAGGGCCUUCCAUCUAGUCAAGAGAAGGGGUACGAUUCUGCCGAAGCUCCUUCAACUGCUUCAACUGAUAGAACUGCGGUCGCCAGAUCCCCUGUGACUACAAAUCAAAUUACAACAGACCAAUGGUUUGUUCUGGAACCAACGGGCCAAAUUUUACUUACAUUAGGUUUCCAUAAAUCAAACCAAGUGCAGAGAAAGAGUGUAAUGGGUGGGUUACAUCGUCAUGGUGCGAUUAUUAAUAGAAAUGAAGAGGUAUUUGAACAACAUGGUCAUCAUUUCGUCCAAAAAUCGUUUUAUAAUAUUAUGUGUUGCGCAUACUGUGGUGAAUUCUUAAGAUACUCUGGGUUUCAAUGUGAAGAUUGUAAAUUUCUAUGUCACAAGAAGUGUUAUACAAAUGUUGUUACCAAAUGUAUCGCUAAAGUCUCAACUGAGACUGAUCCUGAUGAAGCAAAAUUGAAUCAUCGUAUUCCACAUAGAUUUGAACCCACCUCUAACCGUGGUACAAAAUGGUGCUGCCACUGUGGUUAUAUCUUACCCUGGGGUAAGCACAAGGUUCGUAAAUGUAGUGAAUGUGGUAUCAUGUGUCAUGCUCAAUGUGCACAUUUAGUCCCUGAUUUCUGUGGUAUGUCCAUGGAGAUGGCUAAUCAAAUCUUAAAAACAAUUCAAGAUGCUCAACGUACACAAGAAAAGAAGAAAAGACUAUCUGCGUCCGAAGCAGCAUCUACCGGGCAUUCCCCCAGAAGAUAUGGGAAGAAGAAUAUUGGACGUUUACAAGAGGCUCAUGAAACGUUCCCUACUGCUCCAGUUGCUACAAACAAGUACACUCCUGUUUCUGCUGAGGUUACAAAACAGCAGUCACCACAAAAAACUGAAGUGGAAGAGGAGAAACCAGCUUACGGUAAUCAAGUGGUCGCAACAGAUAGAUUAAAUGCAUUUAUAGACAAUAACGAAGCCUAUUUGAAUUUUACAGAGAGUGUCAAAACAGAUGUAUCAUCAGAGCUUGACACAUCAUCGCGUACUUUAGAUCCAACAUUUAAAUAUCCAACUAACUCAACUGAAGAGGAACUAAAUGAUACCUCGGAAGUUAGAGAUGACAGGAUGCAAUGGGAGUUGGAGAACGAGCAGGCUAAUGCAGGAUAUAUCCGUAAAGAGGAAUUCAUGUCGAAGCAAGCUCUAGAGUUGAAUACGAGGAGAAGCCAUUCGGAAGAAGAACCAACGGACACGAACAUGGGCAUCACCCAAAUCCCUAUACUAGAAACUGACUCCAGAGAUGCGGAUAUGACCAUUGAUACCCAACAUUCAAACCCAUUCCGUGAUAUGGAUACUGAGAGAUUCUUGCAUGAACAAGAAGUAUCCAAGGAGAUAAUUCAAACACCAAAUGCAAUAACAACUGUAGAAUCCGGAAUCGCUAAGGAGGUGUCACCACAAAAGUCUCAACACUCGAAACAUAAAAAAAGAAAUUCCAAACGUCGCAAGGUUUCUCUGGACAAUUUCAUAUUAUUGAAAGUUCUCGGUAAAGGUAACUUCGGGAAAGUCAUUCUAUCAAGAUCGAAGAAUACAGGUAGAUUAUGUGCUAUCAAAGUUUUGAAGAAGGACAACAUUAUUCAAAAUCACGACAUUGAGAGCGCAAGAGCAGAAAAGAAGGUGUUCCUCUUAGCAACAAAGACAAAACAUCCUUUCUUAACAAACUUGUACUGUUCAUUCCAAACCGAAAACAGAAUAUAUUUUGCAAUGGAAUUUAUCGGAGGUGGUGAUUUGAUGUGGCAUGUCCAAAAUCAAAGACUCUCGGUUAGAAGGGCUAAAUUUUAUGCUGCAGAAGUUUUAUUGGCAUUAAAAUAUUUCCAUGAUAACGGUGUUAUAUAUCGUGAUUUGAAGUUGGAAAACAUUUUAUUGACACCUCAAGGCCACAUAAAGAUUGCAGAUUAUGGUCUUUGUAAAGAUGAGAUGUGGUAUAACAAUAAGACAUCAACAUUCUGUGGGACGCCAGAGUUUAUGGCACCAGAAAUUUUAAAGGAACAAGGAUAUACGAGAGCUGUGGACUGGUGGGCUUUUGGUGUCUUAUUAUACCAAAUGUUACUAUGUCAGUCUCCAUUUUCCGGUGACGAUGAAGAUGAAGUAUUUAACGCUAUUUUGACCGAUGAACCUUUAUAUCCAAUCGACAUGGCCGGUGAUAUUGUUCAAAUAUUUCAAGGUUUGUUGACCAAAGACCCUGAAAACCGUCUAGGUGCUGGUCAACGAGAUGCAUUAGAAGUUAUGGAGGAACCAUUCUUCCGCAAUAUCAACUUUGAAGAUAUUUUGAAUUUACGCGUGCAACCCCCAUAUGUUCCUGAAAUCAAGUCACCAGAAGAUACUUCCUACUUUGAGCACGAAUUUACGUCAGCUCCACCUACUCUAACUCCUCUACCAUCCAUAUUAACUACAACACAACAAGAAGAGUUCCGUGGAUUCUCGUUUAUGCCAGAUGAUCUGGAACUGUAA